CUUUGUAUACACAGUGAUGCCAUCAGUUGGUGUAGUAUUGGCACAGGGAAGUACGUGUACCAUUCAGGGUUCUCUCAGUGGCUGUUUAUAGUACAAGAAUAACGUAUCUCUACAACUUUGGCCUCUGAAAUUUGUGGAAUAUUCAUUGGAUAUAUAAGCAUUUGGUGUAUUGUUCUUCUCACAUGUUGAUGUCAUAAUUGUUACAAAUUGACAGAGUAAAGUCAGAAACCAGAGAGCAAGAUGGGUAGACUCAAGAAAUUUUUCUUUGGGGGUUCGAGCAGCAAGCACAAGCGGCGCAACAGUGCUGACGAAUCUACCGCCGGACCGAGCACCCCAUCGGCGUCAUCUGCAGCAUCGCCCUCUCCGUCUCAGGGGCCACAGCGGAAGAGUAGGUUGCGACGCUCUCUGAGCAUGAAGCGGCUACGGCGGAGCUUUCGUAGCAAGGAUACGUCCUACGUGCCCCCGGCCAGCAAGCCACAUCAAUGGCAGCAGGAUGAGAAGCUGGUCAGGGCAGGGACCUGUAAUUUUACGGUCAAGUACCUUGGUUCAAUAGAAGUGGGAGAGUCCAGAGGCAUGCAAAUAUGUGAGGACGCAGCCAGACAAUUGAGGAUGAAUACAAGAAAAAAGCUGCGGGCAGUUCUCUGGGUUUCAUCCGAUGGAUUGAGAGUAGUAGAAGAAGAGAGUAAAGGCCUUAUUGUUGAUCAGACCAUAGAAAAAGUGUCCUUUUGUGCACCUGACCGCAACAAUGACAAGGGGUUCUCCUAUAUUUGCAGAGACGGUACUACCAGGAGAUGGCUAUGCCACUGCUUUCACUCGCUACGAGAACCCGGUGAGCGUCUGAGCCAUGCGGUGGGUUGUGCAUUCGCAGCAUGUCUGGAGCGCAAGCAGCAGAGGGACAAGCUGUGUGGAGUCAAGGUGGAGUUUGAUGUCAACAAGACCAGCUUCACAAGACAAGGAUCCUUCCGAGUAACCACCAUGACCGAGGCUAUGGAAGCAGCCGAUGUGAACACAACGGAAGAGAAGGAAAAUGAAGAGAUGCCAGUUGCAAAGAAUGUUGCCCCACUACCACAUGCUAUCCCAAGAAGACAUGCCAGCAGUGAUAUGCUGAUCAGGCAAGGUUCUGUACGCCUUGGAAAGAUCAACGAGGCCACACCAUUCAAGCGCCAACUCUCCCUCAAUCUCAAGGAACUGCCUUCUACGUUACAGCGCCAACAGCAAGUUCUGCAAACACACCCAGAAGUAUCACCACCCACAUCACCACAAGAAACCCCAACCCGCACACCAGCAACCAACGGUCACUCCUCUAUAACCAACGGUAGCCGAGAGGCAGGGGGUCAGCAGGAUGAAGAGUCUAUAUCAUCAGCCUGUGCUCAGCUUUCUUCAGGACUCUUCCAGCUGUCCAAAAAUGAGGCAUCUGCUGCUGCUGCAGCUACCCCUCCACCCAUCCCUCAGAGACCCAAUGCAUCACAGAGGUUACCUGCAGAGAGCAGAACUCAGGGUGUACCUCAACCAGGUAUACUGAGACCUGAGCCAGGCCCUAUCAAGCAGAAGAACCCCUGGGAAGGAUCACCAAUGGCACCCCCCGCAGGACAAGUGCAACCGACCCCUCCACCCCGCCCCAAACCAACCCCAGGUCUCACUCAGAUUACACCCAUGCCUGGUACAGCCAUCAACCCUUGGGCAGGAGCCACCCCUCCCUCACUCAAUCCAUCUAGCAGGCAGAAUGACCAAUGGUCAUCGCAACCCAUGGUCACCCCUAAUCCGUUCGGCACACAAGGCGCUGUCAACGGGCAACAGGUUGCAUCGGUACAGGUGCACGGUGGAGCAAUGCAGAACGGAGUCGGCAUGCAUCCUCAGCCUAUCUCUUCUAACUUCAACAAUGCCAACAACAUGGCCCUCCAGCAGCAGCAGCAGCAGUAUUCUGUAGCUAAUCAAGGAGGAGUUGGUGGUGUGUCUGGUGGUAUCGGUGGAUCAUGGACAGCUGACCUGUCAAGGACUUUACCCCAAAAUGCAUACUCUGCAAAUCAGCAGCAGUCCCCUGCAUGGUCUGGCCCUCCACCCAACCAAACAUCACCGCCACAAGCAAAUAAUCCAUUCAACAAUGCUGUCAAAACCUUUGAAAUCAACCUAUGAGAGUUCUGAAGUGUAGAAAAGUAUUAGCAUCUCAUCGUAAAGAGUGAGAGGAAGAGAAAGACCUGCUGCCUUACAGAUACAUAUGGACAGUGUAUCCUUUAUCGUUAGGCACAGACAAUAGUUUAUUUUAUAUUAAAUUAAGGCAUUUGAUGUUCAGCUUUUAUUGCACCUUUAUACCAACAAAUGUUCAGUACUGUUUAAUAUAAAUUGACAAAUUCUUGAAACGUAUUCUCUUCUGCCAUCUGUGGCCGGUAUGAACAGCCCAAUUCUUUAUGGCUGUGAUAUUGAAGUAGUUUUUUAUUAAUUCAUCUUUAUUGUAACAAAAGUCAACAUUCAAAUAUAGAAUGAAUAUGAAAAACCCAGGUCCGAGGUUUACAAAUGAAAGUAGAAGUUCCUCAGGCAAGGUAACAUAACUAGUACAUAACAAUGUGCAGGGGGACAAAACAUGGAUACAGACAUAGAUGCCAAAUGAAAUAAAUAGUUAAAAACUUAACUCUGAAAUAAUUGAAAACAAAGAAAGGAAGUUAGAUGAAGAUAUUUAUUAUUAAUCAGCCAUUUGGUUUUAGAGAAAAAAUAUGGACACCAAACCAAAGAGAGUCAAAGUGGUUUAUUAUUAUUUAUUUUUUUUCUUUCUUUAAUUCUUGUUUAAAAGAACCCCUUUCAUGCAUAAAAUUCUGUGAAGGUGGUGGCAUGUACUUGAAGAUAACCAGAGAUUAAGGUUUUUAACUAUUUUCAAAAUUCAUAGCACAAAAUAUACAGUAUAUGCCAUUAAUACUAACAAUUCAUGUCUCUAAUUAGUAGAUGAAUCUCAUUUUAAUCCAUUAUAGAUGAUCUGAAUGGAAGAUCAUUUCAAUUUUGUUAAGACCUGAAAUUAAAGAUGUAGUAAAUCUGUCAUGCCUUUAUUAACAAUUUAACAGGGUGAUAUCUUCAGGAAUGUGAGAAGUAGUUUCAAUAGUAUAAGUUCCAUGAAAGAGAACAAAAUUUAAUUUAAAAAAA